ACAACUGCGCAGCGCCGCCGAUCUGAAAGCCGCUUCCCGCCUUGACUGCUGCGCAGCAUUGACGUUAACACGAGUUAAAGAUCUGCGCUGUGUUUACGCUCGGAGCGUCGACCAUAGGAAGCAACUCACAUCUACACAUACGCUGCAGAAAUUGGAGCUGAAUGAUUUCUUUGUGGGAUUGGGCGACUAUUAGCGCCUUGUUUUGGGGUGAAGUCCGCAGGUUUACUUAAAUAAAGGGUGUUGCACUAAACCGGACAUGUGAUUUGAAUAGGUUUGUGCAGCCACGAGGGUUCGCUGACCAUUAUCGCGCCUUUUAAUCCGCCGAGCGCUUUAACGAGCCACCGAUAGUCGAUGAUAGGAUCGAAUUUUCCACAUUGCAGGUGCUGUUACGCGCAGCCGCUGCUUCACGCCGCGGCGGAACAGAAAGCAUAACGGGGUACGAUUACAAUCGGAGGAUGGUCGCGAGGAUGGCGAGCUGCGGGGCGACCUGUCACCUGGAGGACGGAGACGGAGAUAUCCCGGCGGCUGAAAACAAAGAUACCGUGACAGAAAGCGACAGCAGCAGUUCAGAGAACACGGGAACAUCCACCGAUGAGAGCUCAGAGGACGAAGAGGAGGAUGAGCAGUCUGGAGUCUGUGCCGAGAAAGAUGAUGAAGAGGAAGACAAGGAGGAGGUUGAUGCAGAAGAAUCUAGAGAUGAAAUAGCAGCUGGGCCCGAAGCAGAGGUCCUUAAUGGGAAAGAUGAGGGGACCUUCAAAUUAUGCUGUGAAAAAUGCAAAGCCAUCCAGCAGAGCCACGCCGGUGAGAUUGUCAAACCCAGGCGGAUCUCCAAGGGGCGACUCCAGGUGCAGCUGGAAGGAGAGGGCACAUACAAGUGUUCGGUCACCGGCCUGGUGUUUGAAGCAUCCGAGCGGGUCAUCGUGCGGUACUCCAUCCUAUCCUGGUCCAAGUUUGGCUCAUUCCUGAGAGACUCCUGGAAGUUCGCCGGACCCAUCUUUAACGUUGACACGGUCCACAAGGACGCGUCGGUCCUCAAGUCCAUCCAGUUCCCUCACUCCGUCUGCCUAGCUGAUCCAGAAAAUGAGAUGACAUUCAGCGUCCUGCACAUAAAAGACAACCGUCCACUCAUCGAGCCGACGGUGGACCACUCGGGGAGCCACGUCAAGUGGAACGUCACGUCCCUGUCGCCGGUGGGUCCCAUCAUUCAGACGAGCCGGGCCGUGGAGCACCACGGCGUGGUUCUGGUCUACAAGCAGCUGGGCAGUGACAACAACAACAACAACUACAACUUCCACGUCUACUUGGCCACCAACAGCCAGUCGGACAUCAAGGAUAUAGCCAAACAGGUGCGGGGCUACAAGAAUCGAUAUGUUCGGAUAGAGAAACCUCCCACGUGUAAACUCGACGAGGGGACGUAUCGCCUCCUGAGCGAGCCGGAGGGAGAGAUCAAACCUCAGGACUUGAAAUUCACCAUCGCAGUGACUAAGAUGAAAGGCUACUUUGAGGCUUUCUUUGAGCAGCCGCCUCCUUUUACAUUGUCUCUUAUAGAGAUCAACACAGAUGAGACCGUGUGGUCGGCUACCAUCAGGGAAGGUGACUGUGUGGAUGACACAGAAAAAAAGCCAAGAAAGAGAACAAACAGCAGGCAGAGGAGCAGCAGCCCCUCAGAAGAGGAGACGACCUGUAAAAGAUCUCGAUGGCUGGACGAGACAGAUGGGGUAAAAACAGCGGCUCCGCCCAACCAGGACAUGACGGAGAAGCAGCUGCUGCUGGUGGCCAAGCGGCUCGGCAAGGAGUGGAAGCAGGUGGCCAUCUAUCUAGACUUGAACUCCAAGGAGCUGGACGACAUCCAGGCGGCGGAGAAAGACGUGACCAUGCAGAAGCUGAAGAUGCUGGUGCAGUGGAAGAGCAGGAGGCGGCCGGCAGAGGCCACGGCGUACCACCUGUGGGACAGCGUGAAAGAUCUGGAUGACUUGCCAAAUGAGGUUUAUCAGACCCUGCAAGAUAUGAUGAACAAUCAGGCAGCUAAGUGAAAGGGACAUGAACUCAAUGGACCCCUGGAAAUCUGUUGCUCCACGAACCAGAAGAUCGAAGAUCUCAGGAAUACAGCACAGCGGAGUUGAAGUCAGCUCCACAACGUCAGCUCUUCCUUCCAUUUGUAUUUCUCAUCCGUCUGUGGACACUUCAUGUUUCUCCAUUUCAUGAAAAGACUUGCCUUGUUCUUUCAGACGCGGCCCUACGCCUCUGUAGUGAGUACAGAACAGAUGAGCCGUACCCGUAGGUACUUUUGUGUAGCCAGAAAUUGUUGCCUACCACUAUCAGGUUCUAAAGUGACCUGUGCAGACAUGUAGCGGUCCUUUAGAUGUUUAGUAGCUAAUCAUGUAGCCAGUAACAGAUGUAAAUGUACUGUAGGUGCUGCAGUGUCGAAACUGCAAAAAUUGGGAAAAAUCCAACCUGCGGAUAUUGUUUCAGUUUUAAAUGUUAUGUUUAUGGGACUUUUCCGGCAACUAUUAGGCAUUGCGUCGCACGCAUAUGCGUCUGACUGUUGUAAAAAAAAAAAAAAAAGAAGUUUCUGACUGAAUUAUGGAACUAUUUUUUUACACUGUGCACACUUUGUUGUAUACACACCUUUUUUUUUUUUUUUUACCAGCCUUUUCAAGCUUUAUUUUUUUAAACUGUUAUAUCUGUACGUGUUUUUUUAUUUGACCACUAAGUCUUUGUAAAACUCAAUGGAGUUGCAUUUUUUUUUUUAUUGAGGAUAAAUCUUGUUUGUGCAUUUCAGGUGGGUGCACAUUAUAAACAAAGAAGCAAUACAUAAAGUUUGGAUUCAGGGCUAAAUUGAACUGUCCUGCCUGUGUGAGUGCAACUGGACGCUGAGCAUCAUUCCUAUGUCUUUUUUUUCCCGUAAGUUUUUCAGGUCUUGUAUCACUGACAUAGAUACUAGAAACAUCAAACUACACUGUAAACCGCCUGGGGAAAAUCUCAACACUAUUUGAGAAAAGUGGCAGAAGGCUGAAUCAGCCGAUGUUAUGUAGUAAUGUUUACAUUCAGAGAAGAUGCUCCCUCAUAGCGUUCACCACCAACUCUCCGUCCUAGCGCUCGUUUCCACUUGUUUCUAUCAGGUCAGAAUCUCUCCAAAAGCUUCCGAAAUAAAAAGAGAUGGGGACUGAAUAAAACGAAACAGUGUCUCUCCU